CGGCGCGGGAAGGGGAGCGGCGCGAGCCCCGCGGUGCAGGGGCGGCUGUGCCAGCCCCGCCAUGGCCCCGGCGGCGUGCGGGGCGCUCCUGGGGCUGGCCCUGUGCACCGGCAGCCUGUGUAUGGUGAGCGGUGCCGCUUUGCUCUACCACGACUACUGCGUCGUCGGGGCCGGGCCCUCGGGCUUGCAGGCGGCGUAUUUCCUCCAGCGAGCCGGCCGGGACUACGUGGUCUUUGAGCGGAGCCACGCUCCCGGCAGCUUCUUCGCGCUCUACCCUCGCCACCGCAAGCUCAUCAGCAUCAACAAGCGGUACACGGGCAAAUCCAACAGCGAGUUCAACCUGCGCCACGACUGGAACUCGCUCCUCAGCCACGACCGCUGGCUGCUCUUCCGGCGCUACUCCCGCGACUUCUACCCCAACGCUGAUGAGAUGGUGCGUUACCUGGAGGACUUUGCUUCCCGUCUGAAGCUGCGGGUUCAGUACAACACGGCCGUCAUCCACGUCACGCUGGAGAGGGAUGAGCAAGCCUGGAAUGGGCACUACUUCAUCCUGACCGACCAGGACAGGCAGAACUACAAGUGCAGCUGCUUGUUGGUCGCCACUGGGAUGUGGGUCCCCAAUGUGGUAAACUUCCCUGGCUCGGAAUACGUUGAGGGUUAUGAGACUGUGUCCACCAACCCAGAGGAUUUUGCUGGCCAAACCGUGCUGAUCUUGGGCCGAGGGAACUCAGCCUUUGAGACAGCAGAGAACAUUCUGGGCGUCACGAAUUUCAUCCACAUGGUGAGCCGGUCCCGCGUGCGCCUCUCCUGGGCCACCCACUACGUCGGGGAUCUGAGAGCAAUUAACAAUGGCCUGCUGGACACCUACCAGCUGAAAUCUCUGGAUGGGCUUCUGGAGGGUGACUUGGAAGAUCUGGCUAUCAUCAAGGACAAGAAAGGGAAGCUGCACAUCACGCUCCGGUUCUACCUAGAGAACAGGAACAUCAGCGCAGGCAUUGAUUCCAUCACCCUCCCGCAGGAUGAACUGGAUAACUUUGCCCCCCGUGCACCUUACGACCGUGUCAUCCGCUGCCUGGGCUGGAAGUUUGACUUCUCUAUCUACAACAGAUCCCUUAAAAUGAUGCCAGGGAAGGGGGACAAAAAGAAGUAUCCUCAGAUCAAACCCAACUACGAGUCCACAAGCACCCGGGGGCUCUUUGUUCUGGGCACUGCUAGCCAUUCCAUUGAUUUCAGGAAAUCUGCUGGGGGCUUCAUCCAUGGAUUCCGGUAUACAACUCGUGCAGUCCACCGCCUACUGGAAAAGCGUCACCAUGGUGUCCCCUGGCCAUCCACAGUCUACCCUGUUACACAGCUGACCAAUUCCAUCAUCAAGCGGGUGAACGAGGCCUCAGGCCUCUACCAGAUGUUCGGUGUUCUGGCUGACAUCAUACUGCUGAGAGAGAAUGCCACAGCAUUUGAAUACCUGGAAGAGUACCCAGUUGGAAUCCUGGCUGAGCUGGAAACGCAGACGGGGAGAAAGGCUCGCAGUGGGCUGUUUGUCGUCAUCAUGGAGUAUGGGAAGAAUUUCUCUGGGGCUGACAAGGAUGUCUUCUACUACAACCGAGCUGUGGGAGAGGCACAGCAUGCCUGGCAGUCCAACUUUUUACACCCUGUUAUUUACUAUUACAAACACCUCCCAACAGAGCAUCAGAUGAAACUUCGGCCCCCGGAUUGGCCUCUCCCCCGCCCCGAUGCCAUCCAUCACAUUGUGGAGGACUUUCUGACGGACUGGACAGCCCCGAACGCCCACAUCCUGCCCCUGAGGCGGUUUUUGGAGAACUGCCUCAGCACUGACCUGCGCAAUUUCUUUGCAGAGUCCUGUUUCCUGUUUGCCUUCACCCGUCAGAAGCUGCCUCCCUUCUGUCGGCAGGGCUACCUGAGAAUGCAAGGUCUGGAGGGCAGCGAGGGGCUCCGGCGCCAUGCGGUAGAAGCUGGCCUGCUGCAGGAUUACAGCAUCACAGACUUCUUGGGUGACAGACCCCCUGACAGCCACACAGGGUCACAGGACCAGCUGCUGAGAGAUCAUGUUAUAUCCGUUCGUCCGCUGCAGCAUCUCGUUAAUGCCAAGGAUGAGCUUUAACCUUUCUUGCUCCACACUGAAACUCAAAGGUGCUGUUGUGACAAUACUGUAACAGAGAUCCACAGCAGGAUUCUGCCCUGCCCUGUGCACCUUCUCCAUCCCCAUGCCUUCCACUGAUCAUGAGUUGCCAAAGACCUGCUCAGAUCUUGCUGUUACAAAGAGGACCAACGUGCUUUAAAUGAUAAGUGAGGGGCUAAAAUCCAGCAAUGCUGAGGCUCCCACGUUGUCCUUCCGGAGUUCAGAGUCGCUUGAAGAUGGUGUUAGUGUUUGUCUCACGGACCAGUACCAGCAGCAGCGUCCAGGGGUCACAGAAGAGAGUGCAGGAUCACCUGGGUAACUUACAGUGUCAUGUCCCGCGUCGGAGGUGACCUGCUGGCAGUCUGUGGCAGCCUGCUGCGGGCUCUUUGGUCCUGGAGUGCCGUACACUGUGUAUACUUGAAGGUUUAUGCUGAAUCCUGAAGUGGCACUCCAGACAAACUCCCUGGUACUUUUCCUGCAUUUCAGUUAAGGCUGUUGUGUAGCUUAAGUGGAGAGGGGUGGUUUUUACUGACUCUAUAGAUCAGAUACUUUAUCAUUUCAUAAGAGCACUACAAGGGACCCUUCCCUCCAGGAGGGACGAGCAGCUUGCCUGGAAUGCUGGAUACACAGAGACUUACACUGGGUUCAGCUCCACUCACAGUUUUUCUUCUCCCACCUCAAGCAGCCUGAAAGAUUAGCCCCUGUCUUUUAUAAAGCAUGACCAAUAGUUCUCCUGUUUGCACUAUGUCCCAUCGAGAAAGUUUUGGGUGAACACUGAUGUCAUUAAAAUGCUCGUUCGGUAUUUUAUUCCCCUUCCUGUCACCUUGAGAUCAUGCUGGCACUGACUGGGAGGCCAUCGGCAUUUGUUGCUCCCUCUGUCAGCCACAUGCAUAUGUCUGUCACCUCCCCAUGGGCUCCUUCCACUGGAGCUGAAGAGCAAGAGCAGUUUCAAGCUUGACCUUAUGAUGUCCCCGUGAUUUCUAGGAAAUGGAGGAGGGGCAAAAGGGAACAGGCUUUUUACCUCAGCACGUUUUCCAACCCCUUGGCGUCUAGAGGAAUGUUCCUCUCUACACUUGUGCUUCCAGAGUGGGAGAGUCUGUACCUGCAUGUACCUAAAACUCCCCCAGUCCUUCAAAUUCAUCUGCUGUUUCUGUAAAGCCCCAGUUUCUGUCCCGCUCAGAGAGGCUGGGGAGCAGAAGAGGUGAAGAAGAUGGCAAAUGAGUUCUUGUUCCUCUGUGGGAAUACUUCUGGUGCUGGGAGAUCUUACACAUUCACAUGCAGCCGGAAGGGGGACGCGAUUACCUUCUCAAUGUGCGUUAAUCAGCAUCCUUCCAUGAGCUUAUGUCCCAUUGCCACACCUCCAAGGCCAGUCUGGCUCUUGUGGCCUGUAGCGGUCUGAGGUGUGCCACUCCUUGCUACAUCCUUGGUACUGUGGGCUUUUUUAUUUUAGGAUUGUCUGACUGAAUUGGAUUGACUGGCUGUCACUAAAGAGCCCCUUUCACUCCUUCAUCCCUGACUCGUUCAUCCCUCUGUGUCAGUGUGCACUGACAUAGAGGGUGUCCCUGUUUUAGAUGGCCCAGAGGCUGGCGCUUCGGCGGCUGCUGUCCCUCACCCCCAGGACGCUGCCCCCACAGGCCCCACUGGCACCCCACAGGAGGGCCUUCAGCACCUCAGCAAACUGUGGGAGCACCUUCAACGUGCAGGAUGGCAGCGACUUCCAGGACCGGGUGGUGAACAACCCCAAACCCGUUGUGGUGGACUUCCAUGCGCAAUGGUGUGGCCCCUGCAAGAUCUUAGGCCCCAGGUUAGAGAAGAUGGUGGCCAAACAGGAGGGGAAGGUGCUGAUGGCCAAAGUGGACAUUGACGAUCACACAGACCUUGCUAUUGAGUACGAGGUGUCAGCAGUGCCAACCGUGCUGGCUAUGAAGAACGGAGACGUUGUGGAUAAGUUUGUGGGGAUAAAGGAUGAGGAUCAGCUGGAGGCAUUCCUCAAGAAACUCAUCGGAGCCUGAAGUGAAAGGGUUGGCUGUACCUCUGCCUCCAGACACGUCCACGUUGUGCAUUCCUUGCCUGGGAGACCUGAGGGCACGUGAACUACCUGCCUCGUACAGCCUGGGGUUUUCUUCUGGUUUGGGGCUUUUAGGAGAUGGACAGUGUUGUAACCCCUCCCUCCCACCCACCCCCUUCUCUUGAGCAGCAGUAGUUGUAAAGGGCACUGAAAAGCAGGGCUGCUUAUUCUCACAACGGGGAAUGCGGCUGGAAUCAGCCUGUGUUUAUCAGCAAAGAGCUGACGUGCAGAACUGCUGCUGCUGAGUUCAGGGGAGGAAUGUUUUUCUCUUUGCCUAGUAUCUGAUAGCGCAGAGCAGAGGGCAGCUGCUCCCUGCAAGAUGUUGGUACAUACCUGCCCUGGGUGGGUUUGUUUAAAGCUGAGUAUGCCUCUGCCUUGUCUGUGAAACCUGUCUCUGCCCCUCUGUCCUCGUGUCGCUGGGACAGGUACAACUCUUCCACAAAUCCAUGGGCUCCAGUCAUAAUUUUAUAAGAUAAAAUAGGGAGAAGUAUUUUAUGGAUCUCCUUUUAUGUGUCUGUAAUAAAGAGAGCUUUAUCAGU